GAAGCACUUCUGAUACGGAUGGAAAACCUGACAGUGGGAAUUCCUCUCAAGCAGCCCAUCGUCUUUGAGCUGGAGGGCUUCUACGUCCCUCCAGGUUACGGCCCCUUGUUCUUCGUCCUGGCCCUGCUCACCUUCAUGGUGAUCCUGCUGGGGAACGGUGUGGUGAUGUGGGUCAUCGUCACGGACAAGAGCCUUCACAGGCCCAUGUUUGUGAUGGUCUGUAACCUGGUGGUCUGCGACCUGCUGGGGGCCACGGCAGUCCUGCCUCGCCUCAUGAUGCAGCUCCUGACGGGGCAGAAGGCCAUCGCCUACAUCCCAGCCAUCAUCCAGGCCUUCUGCAUUCACUCAUAUGGAGCAGCAAUACAAACUAUUCUGGCUGUGAUGGCCUACGACAGAUACAUCGCCGUGUGUGAACCUCUCAGGUAUCACUCCAUCAUGACCUCGGCUCGGCUGCACAGCUGCUGUGGUCUGGCCUGGUUCAUCGCCGCGCUCCUCAUCUUCGUCUUAUUUUCCUUCCACAUUAACGUUCCGCUGUGCGGCCGAACCAUCAAACACGUGUACUGCAGCAACCGGGCCAUCCUCAGGCUGGGGUGUAUUUCCACCCCCGUCAGUAACAUCUACGGUUUAGCCAUGACCUGGUCUCUGAGUACCGGGGUCUUUCUCGUCAUCGCCUUCUCCUACACUAAAAUCCUGAGCGCCUGUCUGAAACAGGGACGGAGUGACAGAAGCGUCCGCACCAAGGCCUUCCAGACAUGUGCCACUCACCUCAUGGUCUACGUGAUUUACGAAAUUGCUGCAGUCGUCCUCAUCAUGCUCUACAGGUUCCCCUCAGUCUCCAGGGACAUCCAGAAGUUCUUUGGCAUUGUGGUUUUGGUUUUUCCACCACUUGUAAACCCCUUCAUUUAUGGAAUAUUCACAAAAGACUUGAGAGGCAGUGUCAGGAAGCGUUUCACUGCACGAAUUCACCACAAAAACUGA